AUGCAGACUAUUAAGUGUGUUGUUGCGAGUGAUGGUGCUGUUGGUAAGACUUGUCUUCUGAUUUCAUAUACAACAAUCAAAUUCCCAUCUAAAUAUGUACCAAUGGCAUUUGAAAACUCUGCAGUAACAGUUAUGAUUGGUGGAGAGCCAUACACUCUUGGACUGUUUGACACUGCAGGACAGGAAGAUUAUGACAGAUUACAACCUCUCAGUUAUCCACAGACAGAUAUGUUUCUUGUCUGUUUUUCAGUGGUAUCCCCAUCCUCAUUUGAAAAUGUCAAAGAAAAGUGGGUAGAGGAGAUUACUCACCACUGCCCAAAGACCCCUUUCUUGCUUGUUGGGACACAAAUUGAUCUCAGAGAUGACCCUUCUACUAUUGAGAAAUUUGCCAAGAACAAACAAAAGUCCAUCACUCCAGAAACUGCUGAAAAGCUAGCCCAAGACCUGAAGGCUGUCAAAUUCAUGGAGUGUUCUGCGCUUACACAGAAAGGCCUAAAGAAUGUAUUUGAUGAGGUGAUACUGGCUGCCCUGGAGCCUCCAGAACCAAAGAAGAGCCACAGAUGUGUGCUGCUAUUGUUAUAUUCAUAA